UUGAACGACAUGGAGGCAAAGCUUCGUGUAAUUAUUGAUGACCAAAUCGAGAAGUUGGUUCUUCCAUCAGGGAUUCCACCAACAGUGGAGGAGCUGCAAAGUGUUGUGAAGGAUACCUUUGGGAUUUCAAACGACUUCAGUGUUCAGUAUUUUGACCCAGAAUUUCAGGACUACUUCACUCUUCCCAGAACUGACCAGAUAAAAGACAAAGACACUGUGAAGGUUGUUGGCAUCACCCCGGUCAUCCUAAGCUUGACUCCGGCUGAUGACAGUUUUGGGAGCCCCUGUGGUCAACUGUCAGCUGACUAUGACUCCUCAUAUGCUGAGUCAGUUGUAUCCAGUGCAGACUCUGCUGCAACCACAUCUUCUCAGGACGCCAUUAUUCUCAAAAGGCAGAAGACCACAGAACGUCAUGAGCCCUGGCCGAAGCAGUUCCCCAUUCCACAGUUUGCAUAUGAAACUGAGAUAUACCUGGAAAGAGCCACUGAGGAGUAUAAAAAGAAUGGAAAUCUUCUGCCCACAUCCAAAGUAAAGACUGACAUUCUCGAGAAGUUGGCUGAAACUAUAUUUACAUUUACGGCCUAUCCUUCAAGUGCACAGGUUAGUUAUGUUGCUGAGGCACUUGUGAAAAAAUACCCUUGUCUCAAGGAACCUGGCUCUUUCUCAGGUUAUUAUGGUUGGCAAUAAAGCAUCAAAUACAAGAUGGCCAAUUAUCGUACAAAACUUAGAGGGUUUGGUGUUCCUGAGUUGACAUGCAAUGCCAUGAAACACAAGAGUCCAGGUGACCAGAAGUCUGCAAAGAAAGUGAAAAAGCCUCGGAAAGCACAGGUAAAUUACCUUCCUCCAUAUUCAGCAGGUGAAGAUGAGGACAGUCAAGAAGAAGAGAGAAUUCAGUUGCUUACUGAAGUCAAGAAAAGAGACAACAACAAAGUGAUAAAAGAAAAAAUGGCAAAAACAUUUGCACAUAGAUGACAUGAAAUCAUUAACCUGUCCCCCAGCAUUGAGGACAUCAAAGCCAGAUGGCCAGCUUUGUUUGAGGCAUCUCAUCUGCAGGAUGAGUUCUACAGGAUCACCCUGGUACACCUUGAACCCAAAUUCAUGUCCAUGCUGGAUGAAUACACUCCCAAGCUGUUGGCCCUUUUCCAUUCCAAGGGGGGAGCCAUGGGAUUGAAGUUGUAGGCUA